ACCAUCGGUCCAAAGAGACAGAAAACAGCGACUAUACAUAUUUGGUGCUCAGUUGUCUCUAUUUUCCAUGAUUCUUACCCUGAAGUAACGCCUUUAACCAAAAAACCGGACACAAGCUGUGGGUUUGUUCCCACUACUUGGAUGCCUUGGGUAAUCGAAGAUCUGAGUGGAAGAUAACGGAGAAAGAUAGGUAGGGGGGUAAGGUUCUAGGGUUUCCUCAUUUGUGGGAGCCACAUGGCCUCUUCCACUCCGCAGACGCUCCGAUUCUCCGUCGGUGCUGCAUCUGCCGCUGCCGGGGCUGGAGGCGGUAACUUUGACGCGCUCAACCGAAUCCUCGCUGAUCUCUGCACACGUGACAAGCCCAAGGAAGGGACUUCAUUAGCUUUAAGAAAACAUCUGGAAGAAGAAGCUCGUGACCUUAGUGGAGAAGCUUUUUCUCGUUUCAUGGAUCAGUUGUACGAUCGAAUAUCUAGUCUUUUAGACAGUAAUGAUGCUGCUGAAAAUUUGGGAGCUUUAAGAGCUAUUGAUGAGUUGAUAGAUGUGGCACUUGGUGAGAAUGCCUCCAAGGUUUCGAAGUUUUCUAAUUACAUGCGGACAGUGUUUGAGGUAAAGCGGGAUCCUGAAAUUCUUGUGCUUGCUAGUAGAGUCCUGGGCCAUCUAGCCAGGGCUGGUGGAGCAAUGACUGCAGAUGAAGUGGAACACCAGGUAAAAAUUGCUCUGGAUUGGCUUCGUGGGGACAGAGUAGAUCGCCGUUUUGCUGCUGUGUUAAUCUUGAAAGAAAUGGCUGAAAAUGCUUCAACUGUGUUCAAUGUUCAUGUACCUGUGUUUGUUGAUGCUAUCUGGGUUGCCUUAAGGGAUCCAACAUUGGCUGUUCGAGAGAGAGCUGUGGAGGCUUUGCGGGCUUGCCUUAAAGUUAUUGAAAAGCGUGAGACACGUUGGCGUGUGCAGUGGUAUUAUCGUAUGUUUGAGGCUACACAGGAUGGAUUGGUUAGAAAUGCUCCUGUACACAGCAUACAUGGUUCUUUACUUGCAGUUGGGGAGCUUUUGAGGAAUACGGGUGAAUUUAUGAUGUCAAGAUAUAGAGAAGUUGCUGAAAUUGUCCUCAGAUACCUAGAGCAUCGGGAUCGGCUUGUUCGCCUGAGCAUAACUCAGCUGCUACCUCGCAUUGCUCAUUUCCUGCGUGAUCGAUUUGUCACAAACUAUUUGACGAUAUGCAUGAAUCAUAUUCUUGCAGUUCUGCGAAUACCAGCUGAACGUGCCAGUGGAUUCAUUGCCCUUGGGGAGAUGGCUGGUGCUUUGGAUGGGGAUCUUGUCCACUAUUUGCCGACAAUUACAUCUCACUUACGUGAUGCAAUUGCUCCACGUAGAGGGAAACCUUCACUUGAGGCUUUGGCUUGUGUUGGAAGCAUCGCCAAAGCAAUGGGCCCGGCGAUGGAACCUCAUGUUCGUGGUCUGUUGGAUGUUAUGUUUUCUGCUGGUCUUUCCUCAACACUUGUAGAAGCCCUUGAGCAAAUAACUGUCAGUAUUCCAUCUUUGCUGCCUACUAUUCAAGAUCUGUUGCUUGGUUGCAUUUCGAUGGUUCUUUCAAAAUCCCAUUAUCCUCAGGGGAGGCAUGUUGUUGGUACGGUAAGAGGAAAUAUGAUGAAUAUUCCUCAGCUGGCUUCAGACCUUACUGGUUCAGCCUUAGUGCCACUUGCUUUGCAGACCCUCGCUCGUUUUAAUUUCAAGGGCCAUGAUCUCCUCGAGUUUGCGAGGGAUUCGGUUGCUGUAUAUUUGGAUGAUGAGGAUGGAGGCACGCGAAAAGAUGCCGCCCUUUGUUGUUGCAGAUUAGUUACAAAUUCUUUUUCUGGUAUAGCAUGUGCACAAUUUGGUCCUAGUAGGCUGAAUCGAACUGGAGGAAAGCGACGGCGUCUUGUUGAGGAGCUUGUGGAAAAGCUUCUCAUUGCAGCUGUUGCAGAUGCUGAUGUCACUGUUCGGCAUUCUAUAUUUUCCUCUCUUCAUGGGAAUAGAGGUUUUGAUGAUUUUUUGGCGCAGGCGGAUAGUCUGAGUGCAGUUUUUGCUGCUCUAAAUGAUGAGGAUUUUGAUGUCCGAGAAUAUACAAUUUCUCUAGCUGGAAGGUUAUCAGAAAAAAAUCCUGCAUACCUACUUCCAGCACUUCGCCGCCAUCUCAUACAGUUAUUGACGUAUCUGGAGCAUAGCAGUGCUGAUAGUAAAUGCAGGGAAGAAAGCGCGAAGUUGCUAGGCUGUCUAAUACGUAAUUGUGAACGGCUAAUUCUCCCAUACAUUGCUCCAAUACACAAGGCACUUGUGGCAAGGCUUAAUGAUGGCACUGGGGUCAAUGCGAAUCAUGGCAUUAUAAGUGGAGUUCUUGUAACUGUUGGGGAUCUUACCAGAGUGGGUGGUUAUUCUAUGAGACAAUACAUUCCCGAGCUUAUGCCCUUGAUUGUUGAAGCUUUAUUGGAUGGAGCAGCAGUCACCAAACGUGAAGUGGCUGUUACUACUCUUGGUCAGGUUGUGCAAAGCACUGGGUACGUCAUAACUCCAUAUAAUGAUUAUCCACAGCUGCUUGUCUUACUCUUGAAAUUGUUGAAUGGCGAGUUAGCAUGGUCUACCAGACGUGAAGUACUAAAGGUUCUUGGUAUUAUGGGUGCUCUGGAUCCUCAUGUAUACAAACGAAAUCAACCAAGUUUGCCAGGGCCACAUGGAGAUGCAACCCGUGCUGCCAGUGAUUCGGGUCAUAUUCAGUCUAUGGAUGAUCUGCCUUUGGAUCUCUGGCCAUCUUUUGCAACAUCUGAAGAUUAUUAUUCCACAGUUGCAAUUAAUUCGCUCAUGCGAAUACUUAGGGAUCCUUCACUUGCUAGUUACCACCUAAAGGUGGUUGGAUCUCUAAUGUUCAUAUUUAAGUCAAUGGGUCUCGGUUGUGUUCCAUACUUACCAAAGGUUUUGCCUGAUCUCUUUCACACUGUUCGUACAUGUGAAGAUACCUUAAAAGAUUUUAUUACAUGGAAGCUUGGAACUUUGGUGUCUAUUGUGCGUCAGCAUAUUAGAAAAUAUCUGCUGGAGUUGCUCUCUUUAAUUUCAGAAUUAUGGGUAUCCUUCAGUAUUCCAGCUACUAGCCGUCCUUCAGUUGGCUAUCCUGUUCUUCACCUAGUGGAACAGCUUUGUUUGGCUCUCAAUGAUGAGUUUAGAGAGCGCCUUCCUGUAAUUCUUCCAGGUUGUAUCCAAGUUCUAAGUGAUGCAGAGAGGUGUAAUGACUACACCUAUGUUCCAGAUAUCCUCCACACUCUGGAAGUUUUUGGUGGGACGUUGGAUGAACAUAUGCAUCUACUUCUUCCUGCACUUAUUCGUUUGUUUAAAGUGGAUGCUUCUGUGGAUAUAAGAGGUGCUGCUAUCAAAACAUUAACAAGAUUGAUCCCACGUGUGCAGGUUACUGGUCACAUAUCUUCUAUUGUGCAUCACUUGAAGCUCAUUUUGGAUGGGAGGAAUGACGAGCUCCGGAACUAUGCUGUUGAUGCACUGUGUUGUCUGGCUCAUGCUCUUGGGGAGGACUUCACCAUUUUUAUCCCAUCAAUACACAAACUUUUGUUGAAACAUCACUUUCAGCACAAGGAAUUCGAGGAAAUUCAAGGUCGCUUGCAAAGACGUGAACCACUGAUCUUGGGGAGUAUGACUGCCCAAAGAUUAAGUCGGCGACUCCCAACAGAGGUUAUCAGUGACCCUUUAGAUGAUAAGGAGAUUGACCCUUAUGAAGAUGGAUCUGAUGUGCAGAAAAAUCUCAGAGGCCAUCAAGUCAAUGAUGGUCGUUUACGAACUGCUGGAGAGGCUUCUCAGCGCAGUACGAAGGAAGAUUGGGCAGAAUGGAUGAGGCAUUUUAGCAUUGAACUUCUGAAGGAAUCUCCUUCUCCAGCCUUAAGAACCUGUGCAAGGCUUGCACAAUUGCAGCCUUUUGUGGGGCGUGAGUUGUUUGCAGCUGGUUUUGUUAGCUGUUGGACACAAUUGAAUGAGAGUAGUCAGAAACAGUUAGUUCGCAGCUUAGAGAUGGCCUUUUCAUCCCCAAACAUUCCUCCUGAAAUUUUGGGAACACUUCUUAACUUGGCAGAGUUCAUGGAACAUGAUGAGAAACCUCUUCCCAUUGACAUCCGCCUCCUUGGUGCCCUUGCGGAAAAGUGCCGUGCAUUCGCUAAAGCCCUGCACUACAAAGAAAUGGAAUUUGAAGGAGCACGCUCCAAGAAGAUGGAUGCUAACCCUGUUGCUGUAGUGGAAAAGCUUAUACAUAUAAACAAUCAAUUACAUCAGCAUGAGGCUGCAGUUGGAAUAUUGACCUAUGCCCAGCAAAAUUUAGGUGUUCAACUGGAGGAGUCAUGGUAUGAGAAACUGCAGCGAUGGGAUGAUGCCCUCAAGGCUUACACUGCUAAAGUCUCUCAAGCAUCUAGUCCACAUUUUGUUUUGGAUGCCAUUUUAGGGCGGAUGCGAUGCCUUGCCGCAUUGGCUCGAUGGGAGGAGCUUAAUAGCUUGUGCAAGGAAUAUUGGACCCCAGCCGAGCCAGCUGCUCGACUAGAAAUGGCACCAAUGGCUGCAAGAGCUGCUUGGAACAUGGGAGAGUGGGAUCAAAUGGCGGAAUACGUGUCCCGAUUAGAUGAUGGUGAUGAAACCAAACUUCGGGUUUUAAGUAACACAGCUGCUGGUGGUGAUGGAAGUAGUAAUGGAACAUUUUUCAGGGCUGUUUUACUAGUUCGAAGAGAAAGGUAUGAUGAAGCACGUGAAUAUGUCGAGAGAGCUAGGAAAUGCCUGGCGACAGAACUUGCUGCUUUGGUUCUGGAGAGCUAUGAACGUGCUUAUAGCAUCAUGGUCCGUGUUCAGCAGCUCUCAGAGCUAGAGGAGGUUAUUGAUUACUGUACCCUUGCUGCUGAAAACCCUGUUGCUGAAGGACGGCGUGCCCUGAUUCUCAAUAUGUGGAAUGAGCGCAUACAAGGAGUGAAACAUAAUGUUGAGGUCUGGCAGGCACUCCUGGCAGUUAGAGCACUUGUUCUACCUCCUACAGAAGAUACCGAAACUUGGCUCAAAUUUGCUUCUCUUUGCCUAAAAAGUGGGCGGAUCAGCCAGGCUAGAUCUACUUUAGUUAAACUUUUACAGUAUGACCCCGAAACAUCUCCUGAAAAUUUAAGGUACCGUGGGCCCCCUCAAGUAAUGCUAGCAUACUUGAAAUAUCAGUGGUCACUUGGGGACGAGGUUAAGCGCAAGGAAGCAUUUGCUGGGCUACAGAAUUUGGCUGUAGAACUUUCAAGUACUCCAAGUAGUGAAACAGUUAUGUCAACUGGAUAUAUUAGCUGUACAAAUCCGACUGUUCCACUCAUUGCCCGUGUAUAUCUUGAACUUGGAACUUGGCAGUGGACACUCUCUCCUGGGUUGGAUGACGAUUCUAUUCAAGAUAUCCUUGUGGCAUUCGAAAAUGCCACUCGAUGUGCGAACAAGUGGGCAGAAGCAUGGCAUACAUGGGCAUUGUUCAAUACAGCAGUAAUGAGACAUUAUACCUUAAGAGGUUUGUCUGACUUUGCAGCACGGUUUGUUGUUGCAGCAGUCACCGGAUAUUUUCAUUCAAUAGCAUGUGGCGCAAAUGCUAAAGGUGUUGAUGAUAGUUUACAGGAUAUACUUCGCCUUCUCACAUUGUGGUUCAACCAUGGAGAUACGGCUGAAGUUCAAAUGGCACUACAGAAAGGGUUUGAACUUGUGAAUAUUAACACAUGGCUUGUGGUUUUACCCCAAAUAAUUGCUCGUAUCCAUUCAUAUAACCAUGCUGUGAGAGAACUGAUACAAUCCCUUUUGGUGCGAAUCGGAAAAAGUCAUCCACAGGCUCUUAUGUAUCCUCUUCUGGUAGCUUGUAAAUCAAUAAGUAAUUUACGUAAAGCUGCAGCCGAAGAAGUGGUUGAAAAAGUUCGACAGCAUAGCGGUGUACUCGUGGAACAGGCAAAACUUGUAUCAGAAGAACUAAUUCGGGUUGCAAUACUUUGGCACGAAAUGUGGCAUGAGGCAUUAGAAGAAGCUAGUCGCUUGUAUUUCGGUGAACAUAAUAUUGAGGGGAUGCUAAAGGUGUUAGAGCCAUUGCAUGACAUGCUCGAAGAAGGCGUUUUGAAGAAUAGUACCACCAUAAAAGAGAGAGCUUUCAUUGAGGCAUAUCGUCAUGAAUUACAAGAGGCCUAUGAAUGUUGCAUGAAAUAUAAGAGAACAGGAAAAGAUGCUGAGCUAACUCAGGCAUGGGAUCUCUAUUAUCACGUAUUCAGACGGAUAGAUAAGCAGCUUCAAAGUCUUACCACCCUGGACCUGCGGUCUGUCUCCCCGGAGUUGUUAGAAUGUCGCGAUUUGGAGCUAGCUGUUCCUGGGACAUAUCGAGCUGAUUCACCAGUGGUGACAAUUGCGUCGUUCGCACCUCAGCUCGGUAUUAUACCAUCUAAACAGCGGCCUCGGAAAUUGACAAUUCAUGGGAGUGAUGGUGAUGAUUAUGCCUUCUUGCUAAAGGGACAUGAAGAUUUACGGCAAGAUGAACGUGUCAUGCAGCUUUUCGGUUUGGUGAAUACUCUGUUGGAGAAUUCUUGGAAAACUGGAGAAAAGGAUCUAUCUAUUCAACGAUAUGAUGUCAUUCCCUUAUCUCCAAACAGUGGAUUGAUUGAGUGGGUCCCAAAUUGUGACACCCUUCACCAGCUCAUUCGAGAGUACAGAGAAGCCAGAAAGAUUGCUCUGAAUCAAGAGCACAGAAAUAUGUUGAGUUUUGCCCCAGAUUAUGAUCAUUUGCCACUCGUUGCUAAAGUGGAAGUGUUCGAGUAUGCCCUCGAAACUACUGAAGGAAAUGACUUAGCCAGGGUUCUUUGGUUGAAAAGUCGGACUUCUGAGGUAUGGCUUGAGAGGAGGACAAAUUAUACUAGAAGUUUAGCAGUCAUGAGCAUGGUUGGUUACCUUCUUGGCUUAGGUGAUCGUCAUCCAAGUAAUCUUAUGCUACACCGCUCUAGUGGCAAGAUCUUGCACAUUGAUUUUGGAGACUGCUUUGAAGCUUCAAUGAACCGGGAGAAGUUUCCUGAGAAGGUACCCUUCCGCUUGACUAGAAUGCUUGUGAAAGCUAUGGAGGUUAGUGGCAUUGAGGGCAACUUCCGUUCAACUUGUGAAAAUGUGAUGCAAGUUCUCCGAACAAAUAAAGAUAGUGUCAUGGCUAUGAUGGAGGCCUUUGUUCACGAUCCUCUUAUCAAUUGGCGUCUUUUCAACUUCAAUGAAGUCCCACAAAUUGCAGUGUUUGCGAGCACUAAUGCCCCCACUGUUGUGAAUGCUGAAGACUCUGCUGCAAAUAAAGAACUUCCUCAACCUCAACGGAGCGCUUUUGAAAGGGAAAUCCUUCAGGCUGUUAAUCAACUCGGUGAUGCUAAUGAAGUCUUGAAUGAGCGUGCUGUAGUUGUAAUGGACCGUAUGAGUAAUAAACUUACUGGACGUGACUUUUCUCCAGUAUCCACCAGUUCUAUUCAACACGGUGUUGACCAGGCCACCUUAAUUUCUGGAGAUACCCGUGAAGUUGAUCACGGAUUGUCUGUUAAACUGCAAGUUCAAAAGUUGAUUAUCCAAGCUACAUCACAUGAAAAUUUGUGCCAAAAUUAUGUCGGGUGGUGUCCUUUUUGGUAAGCGGAAAACUGUUGUAAAUAUUGUAUAUAUUUUGUACAGACCUGGACCUUUUGAUGAAACCUUUUGCUACUACUCAAUUAUUUUAUUAUUGUAUAGACGCAAUUCCAAUCAAGAAAACCUGCAUCAUUUUUCAUCUCA